CAGUGUGACAGUGUCGAAUGAGAAGCCAUGAAGGCGAAAGCGUAAACGCGCAUGCUCCGUGACCGGUAACACGUGUUUCCUGGCCUUGGAUUUCCAGCAAUUCGAACACGCAGACGCAGAGCUACAGAAAUGGCGGCUGACGGAGGCAGCUCUUCGCUGGUAUUACCCUGCGCUUUCUCGCCAAAAUCACGUCAGUAUCUGGCUCUGUGCGCACAGGACGGAAGGCUGCGAAUCUGGGAUACGGACAGUAAAACACUGCACCAGGAAUAUGUACCUUCAGCCCAUCUGAGUGCCACUUGUACCUGUAUAGCUUGGGGACCAUGCCGGACGGCCAAGGAGGGCCCUCAGAGGAAGAGGAGGAAAUCGGAGGCGGUGCCGGGGGUGGAGAAGCCCGACCUGCUGGCACUGGGCACGGCCGCGGGCACCGUCAUCAUCUACAGCACAGUGAAAGGGGCGCUGCACAGCACCCUGGACGGGGGACACAGUGGGGAGGUGCACAGUGUGAGGUGGCACCCCACAGAGGCGCUGCUGUACAGCGGAUCUGAAGACACGCACAUCGUAGAGUGGGACCUGCAGACUGGGAAGACGCGCUGUAAGUGGAAGGCAGACCGCGGGCCAGUAACCAGCCUCUGUGUGAGUCCGGACGGGCGCCUGCUCCUCUCCGCAGGGCAGACCAUCAAGAUGUGGGACCUUGAGACCAAGGAGGUGUACCGGCGGUUCACAGGUCACUCCACGGCAGUGACAACGCUGUGUUUCGCCACGACACGCCCGCCGGACAGCGACGGGCUGUACUUCCUGUCCGGGGCGGCUCACGAUCGACUCCUCAGCGUGUGGCAGGUGCGGUCGGACGGGAAGGAUAAGAACUCGGUGGUGUCCUUCACCCUGACGGACGAGCCACAGCACCUCGACCUCAUCUCCUCCGACAGCAAGGAUGAGGCGGUGAGGCUGGCGGUGGUGUGCAAGGAUGGGCAGCUGCAUCUCUUCGAGCACUUUCUGAACGGGCCCUGUAAGAAGCCCCUCUCCCCGACCUGCUCGGUGCAGGUGUCCGGGGUGGGGGGUAAAGGGGGCGAGGGGGACACCCCGGUGCCUGUACCCCUGCUGGCUGUUGCCCUUGGGGCAGAAAAGCAGGGGCUGAUCCUGGCCUAUGGUAACCACCUGCAGCCUGUCAUGGAGAGAGUGCCGGUGAACACGGCGGAACGACACGUCUGCUUGGUGCGGGACGUCCAGACCACACUCGCCUUGUCCAUGGACACGGCGGUUUCCAAGGUGAAGACCCCCGUGGUCAACGCCAGCGUGAAGGUGCUCGCCCCGGGCCUCCCCGGGCACUGUGCCCCCCUGCGACCGGGCCCAGCCGAGUCCCAAAAGCGGAAACCGGACGCCGGCGCCAAAGAGAUGUCCAUCGCGGAGAGACUGGGGGAGAUUGACCUGUCCACCCUGCCCAGCCGGAAGGAGGCGCAGAAGGGGGGGCUGGCCCUGCAGACAGACAGCUACGCGGUGCUCCUGGUGCAGGGCUUGGAGAGCAAGGACAGCCACAUCCUGAAUAAAGUUUUCCAAACCCGGAAGGAGGUGUUGAUUAAGAAGACUGUUGCCUGGUUACCUCUCCCUGCCGUCUUACCAUUGGUGGAGGAGCUCACCCGGCGGAUCCAGGGACAUCCCUACACGGCGGUGCUGCUGGUUCGCUGGCUCAAAGCAGUCCUUCUGCAGCACACCUCCUAUCUGUCUACUCUGCCAGACCUGGUGUCGCAGCUGGGGGUGCUGUACCACAUGAUCGAGGGGAGAGUCAAGAUGCUACACAAGCUAACCAGGCUUCACGGCAAGCUGUACCUGCUGAUGACACAGGUGGCAGCAGGUGACAGUGCCCACAAAGUCACGGAUGUGGACCACACAGCCAAGCUGGUCUACGAGGAGGAGUCUUCUGAUGAAGAGGAUGGUUCAGGAGAUGAAGCUGUUCCCGACGAGGACUCUGAUAACUGGGAAGAGGAGGAAGGCAUGGAGGACGAGACGCUGAACAAAGAGGAGGAAGAGAAGGCGGAGGAUGAGGAGGAGGAGAUGAACGAGGAGACGAAAGUGAACGGGGAUUCGGAUCUGGAACCCGAGAACGAGAGCGAGGAAGAGUGAGAAGUGAAAACAAAUCAAAAGAAAAGGACCCCAAAAAAAAAGGAAAAGAUUUAUAUAUAUGAUUUCAUUUUAUUUCCAAGUUUUUGAUUUUAUUUUAACAGAACAAUUUUAUACAAAAAUGUUAAAAAGAAAAAGAAGAAGUGCGCAGCAUCAUGACUGGGCAACCAUUGCCCAAAGGGUGCUGCUCACUGGGUCUGCCACCAGGGCGGCGAUACUGAACUCCAGUGUAGACAGAGAAAGGACACUGGGAAACGGUGUCCGAACUGUGAGGGUGGGAGGGGGAGGGGAAAAUGGACUGCCUCCCCUCUUGGGUCACCGUGUGGCCCUGCUCUAUUACGUACGGGAGUUUGACAAUGCCCCCCCCCUCCUCCAUUUUGUAGGUCCUGGUGGUGAAUUAUGUACACACAGUGUAAAUCUGUACAGUGCAGUGUUUGUGUGGGUUCAGCCUCCUCCCCAGAAGACCUGGGUUCAAACUAAUUCUGUAAGCAGCCUCCUUGUGAAACAUUUUGGUCCCCUUCACCCCCUCCCCACUGCGUUUCCGCAUUUCCUCCACUGUGUGCCACGGUUUUUUUGUGGAACGGCCUUUUCCUUCCUAAUAAUAAUAAAAAUUAUCUGCAAGGAAUGAAGAAAUGCAAUGUGAACUCUUGGUCUCCUAAGCAAAUAAACGAUCGUUUAAAAAAAAAAAAAAAAAAGAAGAAGUUUCAUGUCUUAUCACAAAAUGGAGGUUCGAUCAAGUGUUCACGCAUAGCACGUUUGUAGUGUUCCAUUCAGUGUUCGGUAAACAGCCCCGCCCAGUCAACUGUCAUUGAGGUGGGGGAUUUAGAUGCAUUUUGUUCCGUAUGCAAAGUAUGAAAUCCUCCCCGUCUGCGUGCUGAAAUGAAUACAUGUCCGUGCAAAAAAUGUCCCUUAAGUUCAGUACAUUUACCAAACUUGGUUAGGAGUAAUAGUCAGAUUGUGACGAUAAUGGAGUUUGAAAGGAUGUUCUUCAGUUCGGUCUGAAAGUCCCGGCAGUCUUGCUUUUAGGAAACCGUUUAUGGGCGUGACUAACGACAACCGGUUGGAAUGAGUAGUUUUAUGCAGCUGUUGAUUUUAUUCUCCCACUCCUGAUACUGCUUUUGUAAUUAAUUCAUGGUUAACCACUUCAACAAAAAAUAAAUAAUAGCAUUUCUGACAUGCAUAUGAAAUUGUAUAAAGUGAGGUUCACAGGCAAUGCCAGAGAGAUAUUGGCCAAUUAAAAUUUUGCUAUGUCAACCA